GAAGAAGAUAGUUGAAUGUAGUAGAUUAUUAACAGUUCUUAAUAAACUAUGGAAUUAAAUGAACGGAUAUUAUUUUAUUGUGUUCUAUCGACUGUUUUAAAAGAUGUAUUCGGAGAAUUGCAAUGUUCUCAUUGUUUAUCAAAUGGUAAAGAAGGAUGUGCAGUUACACCUUCACCUGCCGAGCCUUGUAGUAAAUAUCGACAGAGGAAAGGACCAAUGAAUUGUAUGAUAGCAAAGAUCACAAACUCGUCAGGUUCAAUCAUCCAAUUUCUCCGUGGGUGUACAGGACUUUGGACAAGUUCAGGGUGUAUCAAUCAGUCGGAUACAAAUACAGAACUGUGUUAUGAUAUCUGUUCGACAAACAAUUGUAAUUCAGCAAAUAGAUUCAGAAGAAGUUGUAUUAUAUAUCCCAUAACCGUCUUACUGUAUGCCAUUGUUACUAAAUGAAAGAAAAGUAACCAUUUUAU